GUGGUAUUGUCUGACUGCUUCCUUUCCCAAGCAGCAUCCUGGAAAUAGCUACAGAGAGUCCCGCAUUUGGGUGUAGCAACUCGAUCGCAACGAGGUGGGUGCUGCUGGUUCUUCCGUGACUUACUCUGGCCUAGGUCUCAAGGUACCUAUAGUUUCGCAGGGGUCAGUGCAAAGGUCGCUUCAGGUACCCCAACCGCAUUUGGCCAGCCCCAGACAGAACAACCCUCCCCAAAACUUCGAGCUUGAGGCCCGCAGCCUACACGGUUUGAGACAGCUCUUCAACUUGCGGGUUCCAUUCCAACGCUUCUGUACUCCCCUUCGCGACGGUCACAGAUUACAGCGUGCAGAGCGCUUAUCCCAUGCCGCCGCAGUCAUGAACCAGAUUCGGGCGAUCCAGAAGCUCAACCAGCGCGAGAUAGAGCUGGGCAUAUCCCCCGAGGCAUCAUGGCACACCGACUACCGCGACACGGCCUUUGUCAACUUUGGCGGCCUCCCCUAUGAACUCACGGAAGGCGACAUCAUCACCAUCUUCUCCCAGUACGGGGAGCCUGUCUUUCUCAAGCUGGCGCGCGACAAGGAGUCUGGCAAAAGCAAGGGCUUCGGCUGGCUCAAGUACGAAGACCAGCGCUCGUGCGACCUUGCGGUGGAUAAUAUCGGUGGCGCCGAGAUUGGCGGGCGGCUCAUCCGGGUCGACCACGCGCGCUACAAGGCUCGAGACGAUGAAGAUCCGGAAGAAUGCAAGAUCGGCUGGGAGGAUAUGAUACGCAGAGAAAAGAUGGCCAAAGGCGAGGACAUUGAGAUGGAGGACGAACAGAGCGAAGCGGAGCAGGUCACGCGUCGGCCAAUGAUCAAGGAGGAAGAGGAGCUGCAGAAGCUUAUUGACGAGCAUGACGAGGAGGAUCCGAUGAAGGCGUUCCUCAUCGAAGAGAAGAAGGCCGAGGUGGAACUGGCGCUUCAGAAGGCACGGAGUCGCAAGGACAAGGGGUCCGACGCAAAACACCGCCAUCGUGAACAUCGCCAACGCAGCCACCGGUCACGAAGGGAUCGGAGUGGCGACAGAGAUUCAAGAGAGGACCGCCACAGGAGAUCACACAGAGAUAAGACACCAGUACUCGAUCGUGAUUCGCGACAGGACCGGGCAAGGACACCCGAGAAGAGGGACGAAACGAGAGAUCAUGAUCGCCGGAGGCGGGACGACGAUGUCCACGACAGGGACAGAAGAAGUCACAGACCUCGAGACGAGGAGCGCGAGCGCGAUAGGCAUGAAGACCGGCGGAAAGUUCGGCCAGAACGACAUGGCGACGAGAAGCGUUCGAGUCGACGAGAUAGCCGGGACAGGAGACGGGAAGGAGAUGAUGAUAGAGAGCGAGACCGGCGCCAGAAGAGCCGACGGGAUAGCAGGAGUAGAUCGCCUCGUAGAUAGCCAAUUGGUAUCACCGCGCAAAGCGUUUGAUGCUCGGCUGCUAAACCGGUUCUGGGCCAUGCCCAGUCAAAUGCCAAUUUUGUACGAACAGGGAUGGACAGGGCCCGGCAGGCAAGAUGUAAAAGUCCGUUGGUAUCAUUAUCUCUCUCAAAUUCUGG